AUGUUUAUAAUCUUUUGUUUUUUAACUUUUAUAUUUAAGGCAUUUGGAGGAUCUUCUUGUCCACGAUGUCCUGCUAUUUUCGAGUCGCGAGUUGGAUUAACUAAUCAUAUAAAAUUGCAUGUUUCGAAAAAAGUGCUUCCGUGUGAGGUCUGCGACUUUUCUUGUACAAACAAAAAGACAAUGCUUCAUGGAUUGAUUCGGCGACGAAGAAAUCCACCCUUGAUUCUGAAUGCCAAUUCGAUUGUGAAGUCUUCAGAAAAUUCAGGGCAAUUCCAUGUACUCGAUUCCAGCAUCCGAACAAAUAACAGUAUUCCAUCAAACACUCUUAAUAACAACAUACACGAUCAAAUGGAAGGUGUUCAGCAAAAUAUUCACAGCAGAAUCGACUUAAAUAUAAAGAUGGAAGAAGCUCGAGGUGAAGAUUCAUGUGAGGAACCAAUAAUUGUGAUAAGUUCGUUGGAUGAAAUCAAUCCAUCGGGCAAUGCUGACCUAUUAACUACAAGACAACCCUACGGUGACACUUGCUUUCCAAGUGGGAGCAAUGGUGAAGAUGUCAUGCCAAUUCUUGAACAGAUAAUGCCUACAUCGAAUACUUUACAAAUAUCAACUGGAAAGGAAUUGACAAUUAGCGAUUUAGAUAUGAAGACGGGGAAAGGGGAAAAUAAAAUAUAUAUUGCGCAAAAUAAAAGGAGAGAAGAAAAGAAAGGAAACAAACGACUAUUGAAUUUGGAUGCUAUAGCGGGUCUGAAAGAUUUGGAUGAAAAUAGUUUAUAUAUAAAAAAGGAUAGUAAUAGCACAAAGAUUUAUGAUCGUAACACUGUACACUGCCCAAAGUGUCCGUUCCGAACACAGAGCAGACUUCGUUUAGCACCGCAUAUGGCUGGACACGAAAGGCAAGAUCAAACAAUAUUUGUAAUAGUAUAA